CUUAUCGACGCCGCCGCCGCCGCCGCCGCAGCAGCAGCCCAGUAAGAGCCACCUCUCUGCAAAUGGCUGAAACACCGAGCAGAAGAUCUCAGAGAACCCCCAAAAAGCAGAAGGUGCCGCCGCCGUCCUUCUCAGAUUCAUCGCCCUCGUGCCAUGUCCUCCCACCCACCCCUCAAACCCUAGACCCCUCACCUCGCCGCCGCUCUCUCCGCCUGACCUCCACCCCUCAAGCCUCAACGCCGCCUCCAACGCCGACCUCUACUCGCAACUCCUCCCGCCGAAAGUCUCUCAAGUUCGCUUCUCAAAAUGCAGACAAUUUGUCUAAUCAGAAACCAAAAUAUGCUAAUUCAACCCCUACCUUACUCUCCCCGGCCUCGCCUGAGCCAGUUCAGUCUACCAGAAAGCGGAAAUUUGCUGAAUUGGAGAAAUCCGGUUCGGAGAAAACUAGGGCUUUGAAGCCUGGGAGAAAGAAGGUUUAUUACAAAAAAGUGGUUUACGAUGGGGGUGAGUUUGCGGUGGGGGAUGAUGUGUACGUCAAGAGGAGAGAGGAUGCGAGCUCCGAUGAUGAGGAUCCGGAAGUGGAAGAAUGCAAGGUUUGCUUCAUGGCUGGGAGAGCAGUGAUGAUUGAGUGUGAUGACUGCUUAGGUGGGUUUCAUUUGAAGUGCUUAAACCCUCCUCUGAAAGAGGUUCCAGAAGGUGAUUGGAUUUGUGGAUUUUGUGAGGCAAAAAAAUUGGGGAAAACUGUGCAAUUGCCUGUCCCUCCUAAGGGAAAGAAAAGAGCUAGGACAGCAAGGGAGAAGCUGCUUGCCAGUGAUCUGUAUGCAGCUCGCAUUGAGAGUAUAUGGAAAGAUGUAGACGGUACUUACCGGUUCAAGGCUCAUUGGUAUAUUAUUCCAGAAGAAACUGCUGCAGGAAGACAACCACAUAACUUAAGAAGAGAGCUCUAUCGAACGAAUGACUUUGCGGAUGCUGAGAUGGAAUCUAUCAUCAGACAUUGCUACAUUUUGACUCCAAAAGAAUUUUCCAAGGCAAACAAUGGAGGAGAUGACAUUUUUCUAUGUGAAUAUGAAUAUGAUAUACACUGGCAUAGUUUCAAGCGUAUUGCAGACAUUGAUGAUGGCGAAGAGGAUUGUGAGGAAGCUGAGAGUGAUAGGGAGUGGAAUUCUGCUGAAGGUUCUGGCUCAGAUAGUGAAGAUGAUGUAGAAUAUGAAGAGGAGAAUAAUCAUAAUUUAUUGAAUAGAAGACAAUUGCCAGCUCAUCCAUUGGCCGCGAAUUCACGAAAGGGGCGAAUUUUCGGACUUCAAAAAAUAGGAGCAAAGAAAAUACCAGAACAUGUAAGAUCCCACAAGUUGACAGAACUUGAAAAAGCAAAAGCAACACUUCUACUGGCAACUCUCCCCAAGUCUUUACCUUGUAGGAAUAAAGAAAUGGAAGAGGUAACUGCAUUUAUCAAAGGUUCCAUAUGUGAAGAUCAAUGCCUAGGGAAGUGCCUUUACAUACAUGGUGUCCCCGGGACAGGAAAGACAAUGAGUGUAUUAUCAGUAAUGAGGAACCUCAAAUCUGAGGUAGAUGCUGGAAGUAUUAAGCCUUACUGUUUUGUAGAAAUUAAUGGCCUAAAAUUGGCUUCACCUGAACAUAUUUACAGUGUUAUUUAUGAAGCAUUAAAUGGACAUAGAGUUGGUUGGAAGAAAGCUCUUAAGCUCUUGAAUGAGAGAUUCUCAAAUGGAACUGAGCGUGGCAAACAGGAUAACCGCCCCUGUAUUCUUCUUAUUGAUGAACUUGAUCUUCUUGUAACCAGGAACCAAUCGGUCCUAUACAACAUCCUUGAUUGGCCUACUAAGCCACAUUCAAGACUAAUUAUUAUAGGAAUAGCAAAUACUAUGGAUCUUCCAGAGAAGUUACUUCCUCGUAUUUCGAGUCGUAUGGGCAUACAAAGACUAUGCUUUGGUCCCUACAACUACCAGCAACUUCAAGAGAUUAUUUCAACUCGCCUAAAUGGAAUAAAUGCCUUUGAAAAGCCUGCAAUUGAGUUUGCUUCAAGAAAGGUGGCAGCUGUUUCAGGUGAUGCUCGUCGUGCAUUGGAAAUAUGUAGACGUGCUGCAGAACUUGCAGAUUACCGUGUUAAGAAAGUUCAUUCUUCUGCAGCAGGAAAGGCACUAGUUGGAAUGGCUGAUGUUGAAGCAGCUAUUCAGGAGAUGUUCCAGGCUCCUCAUAUUCAAGUGAUGAGAAGCAGCUCUAGAUUUAGUAAAAUCUUCUUGGCUGCUAUGGUUUAUGAACUUCAUAAGACUGGAAUGAGUGAAACCACCUUUGAGAAGUUGGCAAUGACUGUUUCGUGUCUUUGCACAAGUAAUGGUGAAAAGUUUCCAGGUUGGGAUUCACUCCUAAAAGUUGGAUGCAUGCUUGGAGAAUGCAGAAUACUAUUAUGUGAACCAGGAGUAAAGCACAAACUGCAAAAGUUACAGCUCAAUUUCCCCAGUGAUGAUGUGGCUUUUGCACUUAAAGAAAGCAAGGAUCUCCCAUGGCUGGCCAAGUAUAUGUGAUUCAAUCCAGGAAAAGCAUGCAUGUUGUAUUGUUGUUGUGUUGUGCCCCUUUUUGUACCACCCAUUGUUGCAAUAAAACAUUGGGUCUCAGAACAUUUUAUUUAUUUUUUCAUUUGUAUUAUUUAAUCACAACUUUGACACUGCCAUUGACGUUGUUUUUGGUAACAGUUGAUCUUUGAACAUUCUUUGUAUUUAA